GGCCGGCCGGGUGCCACCGCUCACCCCCCAGCCCCGGCUUCCUCCGUUGGGGGCGUGGGACCUGCUAGUCAGAGUCUAGGGACCCGGACAGCUCCUGCCCGCCUUCUCCACUCCUACUUUCCCGGGAGCCCAGUCCACGUGUCGGUCCGUGCGGAGCAGCCCGUUUGCCCCUCGCUGGCCGAGGGCUGGAGGACCUGAACAUCGGGGACCGCAGCGUCUCCUCACCAGACUACCUGUCUGCACAUGAUGUCCACUCCCCUGCAUUCUCAGAUGGCUCCUAUUCUCAAAUGGCCUCAAUGAGGAUAGAAUGAGGAAGGGUCCAAUGAGGACUAGGGUCCUGGCGUGAGCGCAAAUCGUCGUCCUGAGCGCUUAGAACGCCUGGGUUUGGGACUGGAAGGUUGCAUUUGGGGGUGAUACGGACAGCUAGGCCACCCCCUGCCGAAUAGACCCUCCCCUACCCCUGCCUGGGGGCGGAGUAGGGGAGAGGGGCCCGUAGAGGGGCUGGCCCUUUAAGGGGGUGUGGUCGGGGGGCGGAGGAAGAGCUAGACAGAGAAAGCGCUUCGGCGGCGGCAGCUCGGGCGGCGGCCGCGGGGGACAAAGGGCGGGCGGAUCGGCGGGGAGGGGGCGGGGCGCGGCCAGGCCAGGCCCGGGGGCUCCGCAUGCUGCAGCUGCCCCCGGGCGCCCCCGCCGCCGCCCUCGCCGCGGAGCCGCGCGGAGCUGAGCCGGCGAGCUAACCCGAGCCAGCCGGCGGGCGUCCCGGAGGCGGCGGCGCAGGGAGGGGCCCAACGGCGCACGUGGCCCCGGCGGCCGCCAUGGCGGACAGCGGCACGGCGGGGGGCGCGGCGUUGGCGGCCCCGGCCCCCGGGCCGGGCAGUGGCGGCCCAGGACCACGCGUCUACUUUCAGAGCCCCCCCGGGGCCGCAGGAGAGGGCCCGGGUGGCGCGGACGAUGAGGGCCCAGUGAGGCGCCAAGGGAAGGUCACCGUCAAGUAUGACCGCAAGGAACUACGGAAGCGCCUCAACCUAGAGGAGUGGAUCCUGGAGCAGCUUACGCGCCUCUACGACUGCCAGGAAGAAGAGAUCCCAGAACUGGAGAUUGAUGUGGAUGAGCUUCUGGACAUGGAGAGUGAUGAUGCCCGGGCUGCCAGGGUCAAGGAGCUGCUGGUUGACUGUUACAAACCCACAGAGGCCUUCAUCUCUGGCCUGCUGGACAAGAUCCGGGGCAUGCAGAAGCUGAGCACACCCCAGAAGAAGUGAGGGUCCCCGACCCAGGCGAACGGUGGCUCCCACAGGACAAUCGCUGCCCCCCGACCUCGUAGCAACAGCAAUACCGGGGGACCCUGCGGCCAGGCCUGGUGCCAUGAGCAGGGCUCCUCGUGCCCCUGGCCCAGGGGUCUCUUCCCCUGCCCCCUCAGUUUUCCACUUUUGGGGUUUUUUAUUGUUAUUAAACUGAUGGGACUUUUUGUGUUUUUAUAUUGACUCUGCAGCGCGGGCCCGUUAAUAAAGCUAGGAGAUGCCUUUGGUGCAGCU